AUGGCGAGCCAGGGCGACGCGAGCGGGAAGAAGGACUACUCCACGGCGAUCCUGGAGAGGAAGAAGUCGCCGAACCGGCUGGUGGUCGACGAGGCGACCAACGACGAGAACUCCACCGUCGCCCUGCACCCGGACACCAUGGACAGCCUCGAGCUCUUCCACGGCGACAUCGUCCUGCUCAAGGGCAAGAAGCGGAAGGACACGGUCUGCAUUCUGCUCCCAGACGACACGUGCGACAAGACCAAGGUCCGGAUGAACAAGGUCGUCAGGAAGAACCUGAGGGUCCGGCUCGGCGACGUCGUCUCCGUCCAUCAGUGCCCGGACGUCAAGUACGGGAAGCGCGUGCACGUACUCCCCGUCGACGACACCGUCCAAGGGAUCGCCGGAAACCUGUUCGACGCCUUCCUGAGACCCUACUUCCUCGAGGCCUAUCGUCCCCUCAGGAAAGGGGACCUAUUCCUGGUGAGGGGCGGCAUGACGAGCGUGGAGUUCAAGGUUGUGGAGACCGACCCUGCCGAGUACUGCAUCGUCGCCUCUGACACGGAGAUAUUCUGUGACGGCGAGCCUGUCAAGCGGGAGGAUGAGGAGAGGCUCGACGAGGUCGGCUACGACGAUGUCGGCGGAGUCAGGAAGCAGAUGGCCCAGAUCAGGGAGCUGGUCGAGCUCCCACUGCGCCACCCUCAGCUGUUCAAAUGCAUCGGUGUGAAGCCUCCAAAGGGCAUCUUGCUGUAUGGGCCACCUGGGACCGGCAAGACCCUCAUUGCCAGAGCGGUGGCUAAUGAAACAGGUGCCUUCUUCUUCCUGAUCAAUGGUCCGGAGAUCAUGUCGAAGAUGGCCGGAGAGAGCGAGAGCAACCUCAGGAAGGCGUUUGAAGAGGCCGAGAAGAAUGCGCCGGCCAUCAUCUUCAUCGAUGAGAUUGAUUCCAUAGCACCAAAGAGAGACAAGACCAACGGAGAAGUCGAAAGGCGGAUCGUCUCGCAGCUGCUCACUCUCAUGGACGGGCUCAAGUCCCGCGCACAUGUUAUUGUCAUGGGCUAA